AGAGUGUGCUAGGAUUAAGCAGGAUCGCGCUAAAAAAACGACAAUGCCUGUGCGGUAGUGCGGCUGUUUCGUUUUUUAUUUCUCCUGGUGACACUAAUCCUCUCGCGUUCUCGCUCUGUGGAUCGGUCCUGCUAAAUGGUCAACGUCCAUCAGCCGAUGAAGCAUCCAGACAACAGUUUUCUGAAGUAAAUAUUUGGAAAUACACAAAAACAAGAUUUUAAGGACGUAUGAUUAAGUAAAAUGAAAUGAUGGCCAAAGUAUACCGCAUACUAGAAUGAGUCCGCUAAAAUCAGAAAAAAGAAGAGGAUGCGUUCGACCACCACACUUCGAUAUACUAUGGCUGCCAAGGGCGGCAAUUCGUACGGUAGAAGGGGACCCAUCGGACUGCAUCCUGGUAGUCGGCGUUUCCAGGCCCAAAAUGGCCCUAGCAAUACUUACCGUAAUGCUUCUGUCUCUGUUCCUCACGUUUCAUCUUAUUUACGACAGCGCUCUUAGCACUUUGCAAAAAUCCAAUCAUAUAGAAAACAGUCGACCACCUUUAUUUCUCCUAUCCAGAAAGCUUUACCCAACUGCAGUUAGGCGGCUACCACAAGCUAUAAUAAUGGGCGUUCGAAAAUGCGGCACUCGCGCAUUACUCGAAAUGCUCUACCUCCAUCCGAUGGUGCAGAAGGCGGCCGGCGAAGUGCACUUUUUCGACAGGGACGAGAAUUAUAACAAGGGACUCGAGUGGUACAGGACGCAAAUGCCGCAUUCGCAUUACGGACAAAUUACGAUCGAGAAGAGUCCCAGUUAUUUCGUCACUCCAGAGGUCCCCGAAAGAAUAAGAGCAAUGAACGCGAGUGUGAAGCUUCUGCUUAUAGUUCGUGAACCAGUCACCAGGGCAAUAUCGGACUACACUCAGCUAAGAGCCAAUGCGGCCACAGCUUCGCCGGCUACGUUCCCCACCCCCGCACCCAAAAGUUUCGAACAGCUAGUCAUGCACCAAAACGGCUCCGUCAAUGAGGCUUAUCGGCCUCUUGCUAUAUCUGUCUACCACCAUUAUCUGCACAGAUGGUUAGAGGUUUUUUCUAGAGACCAACUUCUCAUCGUCAAUGGUGAUCAACUUAUCGAAGAUCCGGUCCCUCAACUGAAGAGAAUAGAGAAAUUCCUCGGCCUGGAACCGAAGAUCGAUAGCCAUAACUUUUAUUUUAACGAAACCAAAGGUUUCUACUGCUUAAGGAAUGAAACAGCUGACAGAUGUUUAAGAGAAACUAAAGGCAGAAAACAUCCCAGAGUUGAUCCCCACGUAGUCUCGAAGUUGAGAAGGUACUUCGGCGAACAUAAUCAAAAAUUUUAUGAUUUGGUAGGUGAAGAUAUGGGUUGGCCAGAAGACUAACACUUAAAUCAUAUCCUAGUUUUAAUCAGAUUAGCAGUUUUAUUUUGCUAUCCUGUGGAAAUUCUGUCUCAUAUGUAUUAAUAUGGAUAAUUCUGCAAAAAACUCGAAAGGCAGAUGAAUCAUCCAUUUUUUUUUAAAUUUUGUUAUGGUUUUAACUUAAAUGUAUCAUACUAACUAAAUGAUCGAAAACAAAAGGCGACGUCAAUGUUAGCUUGGAAAUUUAGGUGGCUGUUAUAUUGGUAAUUGUCACCGAUCUUCAUUUCCAAGCCAACUUGAAGCCGCCGUUUUUUUCUUACUUGCAGUACCUACUGGACCCGAAUUCCGGAUCUUCGACAUAAAAACAUUACGUUUUCAAAGUGAUAAGCGAAAAGUAUUCCAUUAGCGGAACGCCAAGCAGGUUUGCUAUUCUCGUUGCCAUGCGAAUCGUUUUCUGGAUACGCGUUGAGCACAUAUUGGCAGCAUUACAAUUUUUCUAAUAGUCAAAUGUGGAUAAAACGAUGACAUAGAUAAGGUAUAAAUUUAAGAAAUAGGAAAUGAAUUUAGAUGAAAUGCCUGUCAAAAUUUUGGGUCGCAAAAUUGUUUUGGGUUUCGACCGUUGUACGCGAUCUGGCAUUGCUAUAGCAGAAAUUACAAAAAAUUACAAAAACAGAAAUAAAUUUCUCUUGUCCACAUCUCUUGUCAAAGUUAGAAUCUUCAAAAAUUAUAAAAUCUU